AUGGUCAAAGACACAAAACUUUAUGACGUUCUGGAAGUUUCUCCAAGUGCUGAAGACAACGGUGAUGCAAAAUUUAAAGAAAUUGCUCAUGCUUUUGAAAUUCUUUCUGAUCCUCAUAAACGUGAUUUAUACGACAAAUAUGGAGAAGAAGGACUAUCAGGAGAUGGAGGAAUGGGUAUGUCGCCUGAAGACCUAUUCGCAAGCUUCUUCGGUGGAUUUGGUCGACGACAACAGGGUCCACGUAAAGGAAAAAAUUUGAAGCAUGUGCUCAAAGUUUCUCUAGAGGACUUAUAUAAUGGAAAAUCAACUAAAUUAUCUCUAAACAAGAAUGUCAUUUGUAAAUCCUGUGAUGGUAGAGGUGGUAAGGAGGGUUCGGUUAAGAAGUGUUCAGGGUGUGAUGGUAGUGGCUACAAAGUCCACCUAAGAGCUUUAGGUCCUAUGGUACAGCAAAUUCAACAGCCUUGCAAUGACUGCGGAGGUCAGGGUGAGAUCAUCAAGGAAAAGGAUCGAUGUAAGGCGUGUUAUGGUAAAAAAGUUAUCAAUGAGCGUAAGGUACUAGAGGUUUAUAUUGAGAAAGGUAUGAGAAAUGGACAAGAAAUACCCUUUUAUGGUGAAGCCGAUCAAGCCCCUGGAAUCGAGCCUGGUGAUGUUAUUAUUUAUUUGGAGGAAAAGAAGCAUGAUCGUUUUGUAAGAAGGGGUGAUGAUCUAAUUUAUACGGCCAAGAUUGAACUAAUAACAGCGUUAGCGGGCGGAAAUUUCUAUCUCGAACAUCUUGAUAAUCGAGUUCUCGAUGUUAGAGUGGCACCAUUUGAAUCUAUCAGACCAAACGAAAUUAAAGCAAUUCCUGGACAGGGCAUGCCAUCGCAUCGUCAUCAUAAUAAGGGUACUUUGUAUGUCAAAUUUGACAUUGAAUUUCCAGCUCGCUUUUGGACAAAUGAUACCUCAAAAUUAGAGGCCCUCUCAAAUAUUCUCCCACCACCAGCCAAACUCCCUACUCCAAAACAUGAUCUUAUCGAACCAGUUGAAUUGGCAUACCUUGAUAGUAUGCAACAACAAACCGCAGAGAAUCUUAUGAGUAAUCAGCAAGAUGAGGACGAAGAAGGUCAUGGACCAAACGUUUUUAGAUCAGAAAAUGAUCUUGAAAUUACUUAG